ACUCUGGAUAUCACGUUUUCCUCUGUUUUCCGGUUGCUUCUCGACUCGCACUUGCAUGGCCAUGGCCACAUCCGCCACAUGGCCAUCUCGCAUCUUUAGAGGUUAACUAUCAACAUUUCAUCUAAAAGCAAAACCAUGAAUCAACCUCAAGAAAAAUUAGUUGAACAUCUAUUGAGAAAAUCAUUGCUAUUCAAAAAUAAAUGUUCAGCUUCUUAUAGGAUUAUACAAAGCAGAUUGACAAAUCAAAGCUUGGAGGUGGCAUCACAGAGUGAAUUGAGUAUAAAUUUUACCAAACAGAAGAAUCUACUGAAAGUAUGCCAAUGGUGUUCCUGUUAUUGGUCAGAAGGGAUGUACUCGUUCAAAAUAGAGCCUCAGAAACGCACAAGUAAAUUCAUGCGCUCUUUGUUGAACAGAGAUGUGGGAAUAUUGACUGAAAUGCAGGUGAAGCGGAGAAACAAAUGUACGAGUCGAUGCAAUAGAAUGGUUGUGACGUGUCAUGUAUGUAAAAAGGAAACUAAAGUACCUCUACAAAAGCCGGACCUCAUUACCAAUAAACUCCAGUCGAGUGAGCAGACCACCCUUCCAUUGAAAUCCAAGAAGAAAAAGAAAAAGAAGGACUCUUAUGCUGGCUUGAAGUCGGAAGCAGUUCUCAAGUGCAAAAUAACCGGUACAGAAAAUCAAUCAACAAUUCCUGGUCCAGAGCAUAAACAAUCGAACAAUGCUUCAAAUAUUGUUACAACUUCAACGAUAAAUAGUAAUCUAUCUACUACUUCUAAUAAUACAAAUUCUGUGUUUAGUAUUCAGAAUAGGCAUUUGAAGAAAAAGAAGAAAAAUAAAAUGAAUAUUGGAAAGUUGAAACAUACUCUUGCGAAAGAGAUGAAGAGUAAUGUGCCAACAAUUUCGUCAACAGAAACUAAGAAAAAGAGCAAUAACUCUCUACUCUCUGCGUUUCUCACAUCGUUAUAAUGUGAGGAAUUAGUGUAGUGCUACACAUAAUAGUAGAGUGGAAAAAUUGUGAAUGUUUUAAUAAUGCACUUGUCUUUUUAUUAAGUUUUAUCUCAAACGUUAUUACAGAUCAUGAUUUCAAAAGUCGAUAUUACUCUUCAUUAAUGUUUUACUGAACAAAUCAAAAUUAACUGGUUUAAAAAUAUAGGCAGUAUAUCUUUUUUGAGGUUGCAACUAGAUUAAUUGAAACAUUUUCCAAUUUAUUGAAACUAUAAUUGCAAUUUAGCAAUUAUUGCACAAUUUGAAUUAUUGAAUGGUCUUUCACAGAUUGAUUUAACAUUGAAUUUUUAUAGAAUGUAUAAACGUUCACUGAAUGAACUAUCAUAGUAAUGGCCGGUUGCAUAGUCGUCACAUAACUUUAUUGGCUCGUAUUUAACCUAUGUGCAUCCACAUAAACACAAUUUGCGUUUUACAGACGCCACACUGCUAUGUGGGAUGGUAAACUGAAUCAAGUACAGGUAUUAUCAGUCUAAUCGUCUUCUUCUUCUGACUUCUACGGUAUAGGCAUGAUUGCCUGUUACGGUCUUUAAAAUAGCCUUGGAAAUUAACAUUCAUCAAAAAUAUAAGUUAAAAUUUAACUUUAUGAUCGUGUCUAGUUUUAAGACACGGUAGUUUUAACACCUUUUCCUUGGUCUUCCAACGUCUCUCUUACCUGAUGGUUUAUAGUUGAGACCUUUCACAGGGAUUCUACCGGUUGGCAUUCCAUCUAUUUAGAAACUUUUUAAUUUCUUCAUUGGCUCAACCUCGAGCUCCUCUCGAAUGUCCUCAUUCCGGAGUAGAUCCAAUCUUGUGCAUCCCUUUACACUCCUUAGAAAGCGCAUCUCAGCCGCUUGGAUUCUGCUGAUUUCUUUUCUACCUAGUACCCAUGAUUCGCUUCCAUACGUCAACUCUGGGAUAGCCAUGGUCUUGUAGAAUUUCAGCUUUGUAACUCUCCUUACUUUAUUUUUCAAUGCCCUAUGAAUUGUUCCACAAAUAUAUUGGAUUUUUUUUAACUUAUUGAAAAUAUCUUCAUCUUUUUCGUAGGUGAGAGUAGAACCCCAAUAAGUAAAGGCUCAAACUUGCUCCAAGAUAGAAUCUCUUUUUCGUAGGUUAGAGUACAACCCCAAUAAGUAAAGGCUCAAACUUACUCCAAGAUAGAAUCUCCAUUCACAAUUUUUGUUCGGACUAGCCAUUUUCCUUUGAAAGCAAUUACUUUUAUCUUUGUAGCUGAAACUCGAAGGUCUUACUCCACACAGAUUUUUGUCAGUUGAUAAAUGGACAGUCUAAUCGUAUUACACUAAAUUAUCGCAAAUUUCAGAUGAAAAGUUCAGUUAGCGUUUCCUAAUUUGAACUUCAAACGACUUAAUAUCCCUGUGUGCUCAGCAGCAGAGGUUUGCUUACAAAGACAUCAAACAAAUCUGCUUUUAACCGAAAUUGAGAGUUUUACAGAAUAUCUAUUCAUUACAUCCUCCUUUUAAUCAAUGAUUAAAGAUAUCAAGACAUGAUUCCCACAGAAAAGCCUCCUAAUUAAUAAAA